CUAAACGAUUUCAAUGAAAUGCUGAGCUCAUUUCAAUAUUGACACUACAACAGAAUGGCGGUACAUUUUCAGCGGUGUUUACGUGUCUUACUGCUGAUCGUGGCGAUUAGUGUCGUUUCAAGUGCGCCGCAACAAAAACAAACAAAGGCACAAAAACAGGCAGCAGUCAGUGGACUAGCGGGUGGUGGUGGUGGCGCACAAGCGCGGGUGCAAGAUCCGAAAUGUCUGCAGCCGAAGGAACCCGGUCCAUGUCGCAUGAAUCUCGAACGUUACUACUACAAUUCACAGACGAAUACUUGUGAAAAAUUCAAGUUCGGCGGCUGCCGUGGUAAUGACAAUAAAUUUGGCUUUUUGAAGACAUGCGAAGAUGCUUGUUUGCAGCCGAAAACAGCAACGAACAAUGCACCAGCCGGCAAUGCUAAAGUGCCAGCGGUGGUACCAGCAGCAGCACCAGCCGCAGUACCCGCUGCUGUACCCACAGCGGUGCCCAAAAAUCCCAAGCCGGCAGCGAUUACAACAAAUACAAAUACAAAGGCAAAGAAAACACCCACAGCAGCAUAUCUACUUUAUCCACAAACAACAACAAAUUCGUACAGGAUGAAAUUCGCGCUAACUCUGUGCUUUGCCGCCUGCUUCAUUGCCUCACUGCAGGCCGCGGCCGUGGAUCCUACGACAACGCAGCUCCCAGCAAAUGACGAGGAUGCAACGACCACAGUCGCCGCCGAGGUGGCCAACGAUUUCUAUUCAGAAUGCUACCAACCCAGAGAAGUUGGACGUUGCUUUGGCCUAUUCCGUCGUUAUGCCUACAAUGCAGACAGUCGUCGUUGUGAGGAGUUCGUUUAUGGCGGUUGCGGUGGUAAUCGGAACAAUUUCGAGAGCAAAGAGGCUUGCGAGUCGACAUGCUUGCGUGGUAACGAUGAUGAGCGCUCGACCACAGCGAAGGCCGCUGCUAAUGAUGAGGCAGCACCUGUAAUUCCUGCUGAGGAAGUGGCAACAGCAGCUUAAAGCCUUUACGAAACAACUUCCAGAUCAAAAAAAGAA